UCGGUUUUCGGUACCGUGAUUGGGCGCCCAGCGGCGUGGGCUGGGAAUCCUGUGCGCCGAGGCUGCCGGGCGGGGGCGCUCGGAGGGCCUCCGGUGGCUUCGAAAGCCUCGCAGGCCGAAACCGCUGACCUCGGGGGCCUGGACUUACCUCACAAAAGAGUACUUCGUUGUAAGGAGAAUGAAUCGUUCCUCAAAGGCACCAGUUACUGGUGUUCGAAAAUCCAAUAAUCCUGUGCUCUCUUUGGCAGCGCAGACACAAAAAUCCAUUAAUCCACGCUUGGGAAAAGGACACAAAGUACCUUUGUCAAAUAAGGUAAAGACAAAGGCAGCAGCACCAACUCGUGAAGAUAUUGCAGCUCUGAGGAUACAGAGAGCUUGGCUGUGUCAUCUAGACAAAACAGUAUUUCAACUCCUAAAGCAAACAAUUUGUGCAGCGGAACAUUAUGUGACACAUGAAAUACUGAAGAAAGUGAGCCCCUUAGAGGCUGAUCUUGUUAAAGACCCAAGCAUGAAGUGUAAAGUUAGAUUCAGAUUUAGUGGCGAAACAUUUCCACCUUUCAUCGUGUUUAAAAUAUUUCUUCAUACUGAAGGCCACGGUUACAAGUAUUUCAGUGGAAAAAAUACGUUAAAGCCAUCAAGUAAGGCAGCAGUUGAUGCUUACAACAUAAUGGGGAGAAGGAAAUUUUAUGAUCAAGUUUUGGAAGAUGAGCGUCUUUCCCAAAAGUUCAAAAUAACUGAUGAAGUAGCUAUUGUCACCCUGAAAGAUUACGUAAAAUAUUCCAGUCUUCUGGAUGAGACCCCUGCAUCUUCUGGUGGCAGAAAUAACUACUGGAGAAGAUUAAACCUCAAAAACAUUCCAAGGACAAUGAUAAUGUAUGAUAUAGUUAACUAUGUAGAGACUGGAGUAAUCUCAACCCGUCUACAAAAAGAAAUGAAAUAUCUAUUACAGAGACCAAGAACAGAAGAGAUGCGUCGGGACCAGCUACGGAUUGUUUCUGAAAUUAGGUGCUCUUCAUCCCCCUCAAUUUGCCAACCUUUCUAUUGGCCUCACCAACAGCAAAGUCAAAUUAAACAUCUGGGUCGUCGAUCCAAGCAAGCUCAAAUGAAAGUUGAAAAAAUGAGAAAAGCUUACAAGAUGGCUAAAGAAAGAAAUGCUUCAGUGGGAACUGAACUGAAAACAGACAUGCCAGGUACAAAGGAACAACAGAUGACUGUCCCCUCCACCCGUUUUGACAUUGUGAAAAUUAAUGAACUCAAGUCAGAUGACAAAUUGGAAAAAAAGGAAAAGAGAUUAUUUGCCUGGUGUCAAGACUUGGAUAUUCAUCAUUUUCCAUCAUGUUAAUGCACAGCUAAUUGACAGAAAACUGAGUUAUUUAACAAUUUGCUUGUCUGUCUGUAAAUGAUGAAUAUAAGUACUAAAGAAAAAAUAUAAACAAGGCCUCAGUGUGCUCUCUUCACUAAAUGCGUCACAGAUUUUUAGGCCCUUUUUGUAUUACCAUAUUUUUUACUGACAGAAUUUUAAUCUGAAUAAAUUAUUUCAACUAGAUGCCCUCGAAGUAGCCAUAUACAGUUUUGUUCAAGAAAUGAUGAGUAAAUUAGUCCUGAGAACUUUUAUUUCAAUUUUGAUUUUCCUUCAUUUAAAAAAAUAAUCCGAACAGGCCAUGCUUAGCAUAAACAUUAGAAUUCACAGAAUAAAAGGCUACUGUCGGGUCAGCCUCCAGUGCCUUUUUUUUUUAGUAGCAUGUUGUUUUUACAGAACAGCUUGUGAUUGACCUAUUCUGAAUUAUAAUAAAAAUAAUCAUGAAUUUGUUGCUACAGUCAGCGUGACAUAGCAUACCUAAUCAUUACUGAGCAUUGUAAGCACUUGGGACAGAAGGCUGCAUCUGCUUUAAUGUUGUACUCGGGAUAUUUUUCA